AUGCAGACUUGUUCCGCGACCGGCUGUGAUGUGAUAGGACUUCAGGAGACCCGACGAGAGGGGCAAGGUUCAAUUGCACACGACGGGCACGUGAUCAUCUGGAGUGGCGCCCGCGCUGGCACCAAGGACAAGAGGGGGGUACACGGGGUGGGCAUAGCGAUCAAGGAGGCCAUGUGGGAGAGUGUGGGCGAGGAAGGUAGGACGGUGGAGUGCAUUAGCCCGAGGCUGAUGAAGGUGCGUCUACAAAUUGGCCGCACCUGCGGAGUAACUUUCGUGGUGGGGUACGCCCCCACGGAAACUGUCCGCACCACCGCGGGCGGUGAUGUUAACGCCAAGGACUCCUUCUGGACUGCUCUCGACGCAGCGAUCCGGGAGCACGCAUUCCAGAGCUCCAACAAGGGGAAGGAGAAGUACCGCCUCGACUUCAUACUCAUGCGUCAGACGGACCGGCGCUUCGUGCGUAAUGUCUCCGUCAAACGUGUCGACUUCAAAGACUCUGACCACAACCUCGUGCUUACGACUGUCCGCCUCCCCCCCCGUGUCGCACCCAACCGACGAGUGCGGGGGAACAGCAGAGGCAGCCGGAUCCGUACUGACCUCGAGCGGGUAACGAAGGACAAACACCUACGGGUCGCCUUCCACAACAGGGCCUCCGGCCGCCCUCCGCCCACGGCGCUGAGGCGGCCAACGGGAGAGACCGCUGCCGAGCUGACGGCUACGGUGAUGUCGGCCGCUGCUGAGACCGCGCCGCUGGCGAGGUGCGCACGAGGGCAGAGAGGCUGGUACACGAGCGAAGCGCAGCAUGAGAUCUCCGAAGCGUCUAAAGAGGUAAAGGUGGCCCAGCAGCAACUGCGUGGGGCCUCAAAGAACAGCGCCGUCGAGGCGACCCUGAAGGCGAUGCUCAAGGCGGCGCGGAAGAAGCGCAGCAUCGCGAGGUGGAGAGCACUGGAAACGUUCUUCGAGGGCUAUGUACGGCAGCUCGAGAAGAAGAGCCGCGAGGGGGAUCAGGCGGGUUUCUACAGGCACCUGAAGAUGAUCGACGUCGAAGGUAAGAGGUCGUUCACCUCUCAGAACAUCAAGGACGAGGACGGCAAGGUCCUUCGGGACCCCACGUUUAUUCGCCAGCGGUGGGCACGGUGGUUCCACAAGUUUCUCAGCACCAAGUCGCCGACCAUCGACCUGCAUGCGGCUGACAAGGUCAAGCGGUGGCCCACGUGCGUGCCACUCGACGUCAUUCCAUCUCUACUUGAGGUUGAGGAAGCGGUACGGGAAAUGGCCAACAGAAAGGCCGUCGGGCCGGACGACCUACCGGCUGAGCUGAUCAAGCUUUUCCUGGACGGAGAUCAAGGUCUCCUCCGCGAAUUCCACGCCAUUGUCGUGGACGUGUGGCAGACUGGGGACGUACCACAGCAGUGGAAGGAUGGCACCAUCAAAGUGCUGUUCAAGAAGGGGGACACGAUGGAGUGCGGCAACUACCGGGGCAUCUCUCUCGUCGCACACGCCGGCAAGUUGCUGCUUAAGGUCGUCGCUACACGACUGAGCCACUACUGCGAGCGAGAGGGCAUCCUCCCGGAGGAGCAGAGCGGUUUCCGCCCACACCGGUCGACGCUCGACAUGCUGCUCGCCAUCCAGCGGCUCCAUGAGCUCGCGAGGAAAAAGAGUACUGCGGUA